AACAGAGAUCGAGUCUCUGUGGUACAGUAUAGCAGAGAACCAGAGGCCCACUUCUAUCUGAACACUUACAUGAGAAAAGAAGAGGUUGUUGACACCGUAAGAGGGCUGAAGCACAAAGGAGGGAGACCCCUCAACACUGGAGCAGCUCUCCAGUAUGUCAGGGACUACGUCUUUACUGCCUCCUCUGGAAGUAGGCGCCUUGAAAGUGUUCCACAGAUUCUGAUACUGCUAAAUGGUGGAAGGUCCUUUGACAAUGUAGAUAAACCAGCUUCUGCUCUCAAGGAGCUUGGUGUCUUGGUGUUUGGAAUUGGAACAAGGAGCUCUGAUAGCAGAGAAUUACAGAAGAUAUCCUAUGACCCCAGUUAUGCUCUCUCCGUGUCUGAAUUUACUGACCUCCCCAACAUCCAACAGCAGCUUCUUUCUGCCAUGAACACUGCCAUUAUACAGGACACAACCAUGACACCAACACUAAUACCAACAAUACUAGUUGAGAGUCAGGCUCCCAGGAGGGAUGUUGUGUUCUUGCUGGAUGGAUCUGAUGGCACUAGGAGUGGAUUCCCAGCCAUGCGUGACUUUGUUCAAAGAGUGGUGGAGACACUCAGUGUGGAUGAGAACAAAGAUCGCGUUGCGGUGGUCCAGUACAGUAGAGAUCCAGCCGCCCAAUUCUAUCUGAACACAUACACAACAAAGGGAGAGAUUCUCAACACUGUAAGAGGUCUGAGACACAAAGGCGGGAGACCUCUCAACACUGGAGCAGCUCUCCAGUACGUGAGGGACAAUGUCUUUACUGCCUCCUCCGGAAGCAGACGCUUGGAAGGCGUUCCACAGCUACUGAUUCUGUUGAGUGGUGGAAGGUCGGUUGACAAUGUUGACACGCCAGCCUCUGCUCUGAAGGAGCUUGGGGUUUUGGUCUUUGGAAUUGGAACAAGGAGCUCUGAUAGCAGAGAAUUGCAGAGGAUAUCACAUGAUCCCAGUUACGCUCUGUCUGUCUCAGACUUUACUGACCUUCCAAGCAUCCAGCAGCAACUUCUGUCCUCGGUGGAGGCAGUGGUUAUUGAUGUUACUCCAGAAUCACCAACAGUUUUAGUUGAUCAUGACACCGCCAGAAAGGAUGUGGUAUUCCUUCUGGAUGGUUCUGAUGGCACAAGGAAUGGAUUCCCAGCAAUGCGUGAUUUUGUUCAGAGAGUAGUAGAGAAACUCAAUGUGGGAGGAGACAAAGACCGCGUUUCUGUGGUCCAGUACGGUAGAGAUCAAGAAGUUAAUUUCUAUCUGAACACAUACACCACGAAGGGCGACAUUCUUGACAUCGUCAGAGGUCUGAGGCACAGAGGAGGUAGACCCCUCAACACUGGGGCAGCCCUCCAGUAUGUAAGGGACAACGUCUUUACUGCCUCCUCAGGAAGCAGAAGCCAAGAGGGUGUCCCUCAGAUGCUGAUACUGCUGAGUGGCGGGAGGUCCAAUGAUAAUGUUGAAAUACCAGUUUCUGCCCUGAAAGAGAGUGGGGUCUUGAUCUUUGGCAUUGGAAACAGAAAUUCUAGCAAAGAGGUUCAAAGGAUUGCCUCUGACCCCAGUUAUUCCCAGUCUGUUUCUGAAUUCUCUGAUCUCCCCAGCGUCCAGGAUAAGUUUUUCUCCUCACUCAUUACUGUACACGUUGGCGCCACACCCAUUUCCCCAACAGUCAUAGGUAAGACCGGAUGCAUUAUCUAGGAAAACUAAAGCAACAAACACAUAUUUCAGAUUUGAUGAAGCAAUGUUGACAUACUGUUUUUUUGACAUACUGUUUUG